GUUGUGUCCCGUUGUCCCGUUACCCGCCAUGGCGGCGCGGCUGCUCCGUGCUCUGAGCGCUGUGAGCGCCGUGCGGGGCGGCGCCAACCGCGGAUACGCCAAGAAAGUGGGUGUGAAGCCGAAAGGUAAGAGCGCCCCGAAGGAGCCGCCCAAGGGCCCGGAGCUCGUCACGGACCCCGCCACGUUGGCCAACUUCGCCGUGGGGGUGAAUUACCUGCAGGACGCGCCCAUGGUGCCGCUCAGACCCGACGCGGAGUAUCCCGAGUGGCUGUUCCAGAUGCACCUGGGACCCCCCAAGAAGCUGCAGGAGCUGGACCCCGACUCACUGCAGUACUGGAGGCGCCUGCGGAAACACAACUCGUGGCAGCGCAACAAGCUGAAGAAGAGCAGGAGGUUGUGAGGGGCUGCGGGAUGGGGGUGGCAGCUCCCACCGCCGGCCCCAUCUGCUCAAUACGGACUGACAAUAAAGAUCAGCUGAGGCCGCUCAUGGCAGCUGUGUGUCACCAGGU